CUUUGUGGAAUGGCUAGACUGCUGGUGUGUGUGCUGCUGGUGCUGCCCCUCCUGGGGGGCUCUGAUGGGGCCUGGAACCAGAGACAGCUUCGGAGGAAGAUACAUGAGCUACGUGAGAUCCAGUACUUCAAAUCCUUCUACAGUCGCUUAGGUAUACCCAAAGGAGCCCCUUCUUAUGAGCCAGUAGUUGAAGGCUACAUCACACAACCUUUGGACCACUUCAACCGAAGAAACAACGCCACCUACGAGCAGCGGUACUGGAUCAACAAAGAGUUCUGGCAGCAUCCAGGUGGACCCGUAUUCCUGUUCAUAGGUGGAGAAGCUGCCGAAUCUGAAUAUUCUGUCUUGGCAGGAGAGCAUGUGGAGCUGGCGGAGAAGCAUCACGCACUCUUGGUGUCUCUUGAACAUCGGUAUUAUGGAGCCAGUAUUAACAAAGAUGGCCUCACCCUGGAAGGGAUCAGAUUUCUGUCUAGUCAGCAAGCACUUGCAGACUUGGCUUCCUUCCAUUUGAUCAUCUCCCAGAAAUACAAUCUGACUAGGAACAACACUUGGAUCUGUUUUGGAGGCUCCUAUCCCGGAUCUCUGUCUGCUUGGUUCAGACUGAAGUUCCCACAUUUGGUUUAUGCAGCCGUGGCCUCUUCUGCCCCUGUCAGAGCGGAGCUCGACUUCGUAGAUUAUAACAAGGUGGUAGCUAACAGCUUGUCGGACCCAGUCAUCGGAGGAUCUGAAAAGUGUCUGAACGAAGUGAAGGAGAGUUUCCGAGUAGUGGAGUCUCUUCUCAAAGCGGGAAAUAUUACUCAGCUAGAGAAAGAUUUCUUCUCCUGUGCUUCCCUCCACCCACCCGAUGACUACACUGAGUUUGUCAGUAAUCUGGCCGACAUAUUUAUGGGUGCUGUGCAGUACAACGACGAGUCUGCAGGUAGUGAUGUCAGGAAAAUCUGCAAGUAUAUGCUUUCAGCAAGCUCUGUCUAUGAAGGACUGAAACUUUUAAACUCGAUGUUCAUGGAUUCAAUGGGGAUGAAAUGUGUGGAAAACUCCCACGAGAAAACUUUGUCAGACUUGAAAAAGACAGAGCUGGAUCCAGUGGGAGUUGGGGAGCGGCAGUGGUAUUACCAAACAUGCACAGAGUUUGGAUACUAUCAGACCUGUGAACAUACUUCUUGUCCUUUUUCGCCCCGAAUAACUCUUCAGUCCCAGCUGGACCUCUGCACAGAAGUGUUCCAGAUCCCGAAAGAGUCGGUCUUCCAAGCUGUCCAGUUUACCAAUGAAUUUUAUGGAGCUGAUCACCCAAAAUCCAGCCGGAUAAUCUUUGUUAACGGUGAUGUGGAUCCCUGGCAUGCACUCAGUGUACUGAAGAAUCAGUCUCACUCGGAAAUUGCCAUCUUCAUCAAUGGAACAGCCCACUGUGCAAAUAUGUAUCCAUCGGAUGCACAGGAUCCUCCAUCUUUACAGAAGGCUAGAGAGGAAAUUGCAAUGCAAAUUGGAGAGUGGCUGAAAUCUGCACGCGAGGAGUCUUAG